GCAUCGGGAGACUGCAGUGGACCUUCUGCGGGAGGAUUGGGAUGCAACGGCACGCAGGCAUUCCGAGACCUCCUCCGUGGUGAGGGAUGAGGGGAAAAAUGGAGAUCCGCUAGACAAUAUCAUGGCCUGGCUGAGUGUGGCAGAUCUCGAUGAGGACGACCCCCAAAGCGCGGUUUUCUUCCAUGGAGGUGGCCAGGAUCACGGAGGGCAGGCCGUGGCGCAGUUUCCGCAGAGACCUCUGCGACGAAAGCAGUCCAACUACUGCGACGGAGAUGAGGAGUUGGUGCCUUUCGGGGAGAGUGCGGAUCCCGAGGAGGAGGAGUGGAACCGGCGCUUCCGUCGUACGGGGGCCGCGGGCAGGAUGGUAUCCUACCAUGCCGGAGACCGGCCCCUGGAUGACCUCACCUUACGAG